UUACUCAUUCUAGUUUGAAUUCUUCUUUCACACUCGCAGACGCGCACUCUGUGGUCGUCAUCGUAUCUUCUUUCUUAUUUAUUGUUAUUGUUAUUGUUACAGUAAUCAUCAUCAUAUCUCGCAUAGUACUACCACAUUACACGCUCUCACCCACCCAAAAUUCUCAUCAUUCAUCAUCCUUCACCAAACCCUUUCCCUCUCCUCUUCAUUCUCUUUUGAUCAAAACCAUCAUUACAUUACAGUUACAGGGGCUUUUGGUGGUUGGAUGUAAAACUAUGGCGUCUAGUAAUCCAUUCUUUGAUGAUAUACGAAGCAGAUCUGGGGUUGAUCCUCCUCAAACUGAAGAGUCAACAGAAAUUCCUGAACUCAUAAAUGAUCCUGUACAGACUGUUGUUAAACCUAAUGGGACUGUUUCGAGCAGUGUUCGUGAGCUUUUAGAGUGCCCUGUGUGCUUGAAUGCUAUGUACCCUCCAAUUCACCAGUGCUCGAACGGUCACACUUUAUGCUCUGGUUGCAAGCCAAGAGUCCAUGACCGGUGCCCUACUUGUCGGCACGAGCUUGGCAAUAUUCGGUGUCUAGCAUUAGAGAAGGUGGCUGCAUCUUUAGAACUUCCCUGCAAAUAUCAAGGUUUUGGGUGCAUAGGCAUAUACCCGUAUUACAGCAAGCUAAAACACGAGUCUCAAUGUGCAUUCCGACCUUAUAACUGUCCGUAUGCUGGUUCAGAAUGUGCAGUCGUCGGUGAUAUACCUUACCUGGUGGCACACCUGAAAGAUGAUCACAAAGUGGACAUGCAUAGUGGUUGCACUUUUAAUCAUCGCUACGUAAAAUCAAAUCCGCAAGAAGUUGAAAAUGCCACGUGGAUGUUAACGGUUUUUAGUUGCUUUGGUCAGUAUUUUUGUCUACAUUUUGAAGCUUUUCAACUGGGAAUGGCUCCUGUCUACAUAGCAUUUUUGCGGUUUAUGGGUGACGAUAAUGAGGCAAAGAACUAUACCUACAGUCUCGAGAUAGGUGGAAAUGGAAGGAAAAUGACAUGGCAAGGGGUGCCUAGAACCAUUAGGGAUAGUCAUCGCAAAGUCCGCGACAGUUUUGAUGGUCUCAUCAUUCAGAGGAACAUGGCUCUCUUCUUUUCCGGCGGUGAUAAGAAGGAAUUGAAACUACGAGUUACCGGGAGGAUUUGGAAAGAACAAUGAUUGUUAACUUCUUUGCUUCAUCUAGCUAUUAUAUUAAACAGAAUAGGUUAGUGCACUUAAUUAUUUCUUGUAGUGGUAUGAAUCUUCAUGUAUUGCAUUUUGUAAUUUAGGAGGCAACAUCUCUUUGCUUACCUUAAAUUAAAUACAUGGACAUGAAGGUGUAAUUUAAUGCUAUGAUUUUUUUUAAUACAGAUGUAGAACCUUAGUGUGUGCCUAAUAUUAUACUUUCUUUUGAAUC